GAUGAGUUGCAAAACGCGUCUCCAGUUUAUUUUGGCGCGAUCUUUCCAUCCGCCAGAACCAGCACUCUUCUAGGUAGUAGAUUUUAUGUAAUUUUGCAAAAUGCAAAAUGGUGGGGAAAUGGAUGAGAGGGGAUAUGCCGGAGCUCCAGAAUCUGAUAGAAGACAUGAAUGGCGGGCGUCAGCCUUCCAUCGUUCUAGGUUCUUCACAUCGACGGAAAGCGAUCAGCUCCGCACCAGUGCCCCCAUUGUCAUUUUUCAAAAAUCCCGAAACUAGGCCCCAAUUGGAUGUGCCUGCCAGGAUGGUCCGGCGUCGGAGUCGUUGGCCGCAUACCAGCGCGCGGCGCUCUUUCUUUUGCUCUGCGUCGACCUCUAACAGGAGAAUGGCAGUGGCUUGCGCGUUUUCACUGCGUCGAAUACUGCCGCGACGUGGCGCGGCCGGGGGACGCAACCCGAUUACCAGAGGCGUUGGCACAGCCUCGGUUCCCGCCGGUCGACUCCGGGAAAAUGCGCGGAUGGGUUUUUGCACGGAGGAGGCCUCGACAGGCGGCGACUGUUCUCUUCCAGGGCGCAGAACUCUUCGGAGCGCGGCCCAAAAUGCAGUGGCACGAAUGGGCUGGAGCGGAUCGAGUCAGCAUAUGCCAGCCCCUGAAAACGAUAUGCCGCGAAACCACAAACCCGGCGCCCCCCCCCCCCUCCGGUUGAGUGUUAUUCUGACACUGAUUCCGGAAGCUGGGUACUGGGACUGCAUGCGCCCGCUGUCUCGGAAGGGUUUCGGACUUUGGAGACCCUCUUCACGCUCCCGCCCGCAGCAUUCUCCUUGGCUUCAAGCAACUAGCGGGCGUAGGGGGUGCUCGGUGUCUCAUCGGAUUCCCGUGGCUGGUCGCCACAAGCUGCAGGCGUCGACUUAGCGAAUUAUUGUGCGGCCGGUGCAGGUUCAAUCAAUGCAAAAGCAACACAGAAGCAUAAGCCGAGCGGCCUCUGUUGUUGUUCUUUCCCUCGUUCCAAGGCAGCGCUCUGGGCGGACAUCGACAAUAAUCCGGACGAAGCAAAAAUUCUCGAAGGUGCCGCGACCCUCGAUACCGGAGUGGAACACUGCGAAGCACCCACACGGCCUUUCGGUUGAAACCGGAGCCAGGUGCUGCACAUCGCAGUUCUUUCGAACUCCACACCGAUGACAAAGAUCUUGCUGAAAGCAGGGGUGAGCGCGAAUUGGAAGGAUGCAAGGGGAUGCCGUGCGGUAGAAUGGGAAGAAGAUCUCGCGCGUCCGGCAGAUGCUACGAAUUUCGAAGCGAAGUAUAAGUAUCCUGUAACUUGUCGUGGAAAAGAAUGCGAGUUGGUAGAUCUAAACAGGGAGAGAUGAAAGCUUUAUAUAUCCACAAGAGCCUCAGUCUCAAUCACGGCGAACGUGCUUUGACGUGCGUU